AUGUGUAACAAAUUUUGGAAUCGGCAGACGGCAUCGGCCCGCGAGUCUGCUUUGCGUACUAGAGAACGUUUGGAUCAACGUUUCGUCGACAAACUGGAUAAACUUCAUAAUGGAGCUUGGAAUACUGGUGUCGUCUCAAAGGAAGACCUACAGGAGGCCUAUCGUAAAUCUCGUGAAAUUGAACAGAAUCCCAAUCGGGUUAAUAUGUGGUAUACCUUCGGCAUAAUGGCUUCGGUAAUGUUACUGACACCCCUCUUCUACAAUUUGUUAACUUUCCUAAUUGGUGUCAAAUGUUUUCUACCCAAUAAUCAUUUGGUUUGGGAAGCGACUCGACCUAUAAGUGAUUGUGGAUUUUGUCGGGGUGUUGAGGGUCCGUUGAUAUUAAAGAAUAUGACACGAGAGGAAUUUGCACCUUAUGCCUAUUCAUCGCUACCGAUUGUUAUUAAAAAUGCUGUAAGUCAUUGGCCGGCUAGUAAGUUGUUAAAUUUACAACUGCUAAAAGAUAUCUAUGAACGUUAUCCCGAAUCGUUGGAUGAGAAUUGUCAUUUUUUAAGUUUACAUUCGGAUUUGAAAUCGAUUCGAGAUGUUUUCAAUAUGCCAGCAGAAAGAGCAAAUUUAAGUACAGGUUCUACUUGGUAUGUGGGAUGGAGUAAUUGUUAUGGUCCCGUCCUGGAGGAUUUGCGUAAACUCUAUGGUCGACCACAUUUCCUGCCAGCCGAUGCAGAAAUGUCCAAUACAGAUUAUAUAUUUUUAGGUUAUGAACAGGGAGCAUAUAUGCAUUUGGAUUACAUACAUCGUCUAAUGUGGCAGGCCCAAUUGAAAGGCAAUAAAAGCUGGAUUUUAGCCCCCACACCGGAAUGUGAUCAUGUGUGUCAAUCAUUUUCGUUUAAUGUGGAACCAGGAGAUGCAGUUUUGGUUGACACUCGUGUCUGGUAUCAUGGUACUUCCAUUGCCAAAGGCCAAUUUACUUUAACGAUUCAAUCGGAAUACGGUUAA